AAUUUAGAGCCGCGCGCCGGGCGGGAAUGUAAGAUGGCGGAGUAGCAGCGCAAAGCGGUCAGUAUUAAGUAUUUGGGCAGACUUCGGUUCUGGUCUCCGCAGCAGCAGUGAUCGCUGAGCGACGAGCGCCUAGGAUAAUUGUUCAAGAUGCCGAAUAUCAAAAUCUUCAGCGGCAGCUCUCAUCAGGACUUAUCCCAGAAAAUUGCUGACCGCCUGGGCCUGGAGCUAGGCAAGGUGGUGACUAAGAAAUUCAGCAACCAGGAGACCUGUGUGGAAAUUGGUGAAAGUGUACGUGGAGAAGAUGUCUACAUCGUUCAAAGUGGUUGUGGUGAAAUCAACGACAAUCUAAUGGAGCUUUUGAUCAUGAUUAAUGCCUGCAAGAUUGCUUCAGCCAGCCGGGUUACUGCAGUCAUCCCAUGUUUCCCUUAUGCCCGGCAGGAUAAGAAGGAUAAGAGCCGGGCACCAAUCUCGGCUAAGCUUGUUGCAAAUAUGCUGUCUGUAGCUGGUGCAGAUCAUAUUAUCACCAUGGAUCUACAUGCUUCUCAAAUUCAGGGCUUUUUUGAUAUCCCAGUGGACAAUUUGUAUGCAGAGCCAGCUGUCCUGAAGUGGAUUAGGGAGAAUAUCUCUGAGUGGAGGAACUGCACUAUUGUGUCACCUGAUGCUGGUGGAGCCAAGAGAGUGACCUCCAUUGCAGACCGGUUGAACGUGGACUUUGCCUUGAUUCACAAAGAACGGAAGAAGGCCAAUGAAGUGGACCGCAUGGUGCUAGUGGGAGAUGUGAAGGAUCGAGUCGCUAUCCUUGUGGAUGACAUGGCUGACACAUGUGGCACAAUUUGUCAUGCCGCUGACAAACUUCUCUCAGCUGGAGCGACCAGAGUUUAUGCUAUCUUGACUCAUGGAAUCUUUUCUGGCCCAGCCAUUUCUCGAAUCAAUAAUGCAUGUUUUGAAGCAGUAGUGGUCACCAAUACCAUACCUCAGGAGGACAAGAUGAAGCAUUGCUCUAAAAUACAGGUGAUUGACAUCUCUAUGAUCCUUGCAGAAGCCAUCAGGAGAACUCAUAAUGGGGAAUCUGUUUCCUACCUAUUCAGUCAUGUUCCUUUAUAAUAGAAUAACUUGAGGCUUUUUUAAAAAUAAAAUCAGCCCUACUCCUUGUUUCCCUUAGUAUUUGAUGACAAAUUCAGCAGAAGACCCAGCUUGCUCCAGUAUAGCUUUCUACAUCCCACAUCAUGUAAAUGAGGGUUUAUUGUAAAUUGGGGGAAGACAGAUUGAGAUUAACUGCUGGGAUUUCUUAACUGCAUUGUCUUCCUUAAUGAUUUUGUGAACCUUGCAGCUUUAACUAGAGUUCAGCUGCUUCAAGAUCUCAGACUUUGAGGGUGUUGAAUAAGGCUGUUUAGAUGGUUGGGGAAGCUCAGACUUUGCAUGUGAAUACUUUGGGGAUUUUUCUUUGUCAGAACAACUAGCCACAAAGCAGCCCAUGUGUGACAAGUUUCUCCAAGAUCUGUGCUAAAUCAAGAACAAGAGCCCUCAAACCUAUUCUCCUGAGCAAGCACCCUGUUAAGGCAGGAGCAGGCAACUCAGCCUGAAAAAACUGUUGGGUGGGAUCCUGAGAGGGGAGGGGGUAGCACAGUGCAGCAAAUGUUUCUUGGGAGGAAGAAGCCUGAUUCAUUGUCAUCUGCUUGACCAUGUAGCUUGUAUUCCCUUUGUACCUAUUCCUUUCUAUGGCUUUACAACUUCAGCCAUUUUGACCUUUUCCUGGCCAGAUAUCCUCUUGGGCCCAAACAAUCAUUGUAUCAUAGUCUUCUAGAACACAGACUUGCUUCUUGCUGUGUAAUUGCUAACAUUCACAUUAGAUAUUUUGCUGUAGCUUAACCUUCCUUAGCCUACUUCCACCGUGGUUGUGGGUUUUAGGUGGUAUACUAGUGCCUUUUAAUUUAAGUAUUUAAUUUUCAUCUUUCUUCCUGGAAUCUGUUUGGCCUCUCCAAUGACCUGACAUUUCUGUUAAAAGUUUGAUAUUAAUUGUCUCUUGUAGAAGAAACUAAUAAAGUGUCUAUGUGUGUGA